CAACACCAAGCUCCCGCUCUGGUGAUGGAUUUGUGUAAUACGACUCAACUCCAGCCCGUCAGGGCACUUCACGAUGGCUUCGUUUCAUUUCGCCCGCCGUCCUGUGCGUACAACAGUAUCUUUCCUCAAGGCCGCCUGUCUCGUACACCUUGGAAUCACAUACGGCUAUACCAUCAGCCCAGCUCAAGGCCCUUCAAUGCUUCCAACAUUCACAGUCGAUGGUGAUUGGAUUCUAUGUGAUCACACGCGUCGAUAUGGUCGCGGUGUCUCUGUUGGUGACUUGGUUGUCUACCGCAUCCCAAUCUUCAACAAUCAGUGGGGAGUGAAACGAGUAACAGGCAUGCCAGGGGACUAUGUCUCUGUUGGAACGCCAGGAGAGCAAGGAGAAGAGUUAAUGAUACAGAUCCCCGAAGGGCAUUGCUGGAUUUCAGGAGACAAUCUUCCAGCAUCAAGAGAUUCACGACAUUUUGGCCCAUUACCACUAGCUCUCAUCUCUGGCACUACGAUAGCCAAAAUAUUACCAUGGAACGAACGUCAAUGGAUGAAAAAUGGACUACAAAAGGCUGAAGAGCUAGACUAAUCACGAGCAAUCUAAUGUAAAUAUGUAUCAUCUCUUAUCUGGGUAUAGGAACUUACACCUCUCGUCUAAUUACAUCUGCUCUCCCCAAAUCAACUGCCCAGUAAGUGCUCUAGCGAUAUCUGCCACAUGAAUUCAUCAAACAAAGAGAAAGAAUACCAUCCUUCAAUGCAGCGCGUAGCCCUCUCGUACACCGUCAAACACCAUUGUAUAAGAACAAUUCUUGAAAGCCCAGGACAGGCGAUGCAAUCCGUAUAAAGAGAUAACCCCUGAAAACCAAACAUCAUUCUUAGAAUGUUACAUGACGCCAAACACCAUAUCACCCAACACCCCAUACGCUUCCGCUUUUGAGAUGAAUAGAGUCCACGAAUGUAAGUUAGCCCUCGAUGUGAGCCUUGGACAUGCUCUGUCCCAAGAGUUCCAGGCAACGUUGAGCUAGGUUGACAACUUCACCCUCAUCCUCAUCCUCGAAUUCAUUGUCGGUUUCAAUUUGUCGAUUUGCAAUGCUUCGAAUGUGCUCGAUGAUGUCCUCUGCCUUUCCAAUGAGGCCAAUAAGAGUCUUGUCCUCGGAUUCGAAGAGCUGGAGAAGGGUCCAGACGGCGAUGUGCUGGAAGGUAGCAUCCCCAGACUGCAGGAAUCGGCAGAGGUAUCCGUGAAUUCCACCUUGGGGUUCGGUCCAGUUCUGUACAAAGAUCGAGUAGUCACCAACUGCUUUUGUUAGCUUGUGUUUGAAUGGCGGUGAAGUUGACUCACCUUUUGAGG